AUGACUUCACUGCAUCCCUGGAUACCAAGAUCAAACUGGCUUUACAAUGCUUCAAGAAAAGCAGUAAAUCAUUUUUGCCCGCAGAUACGCAAUACGUACCCUCUUCCAGUACUAGAUGGCCCCCUGCCAAAGGAAAUCCCUGAAUCAUUUAUACUGCAUGACAGAAAGCAGAAGAGUGAUCCGUUUCGAUAUAUGGAGGAUUUGUUUGAUCGUGAUACUUUACAAUAUGUCAAGAAGGAAAUGCUUCAUUUUUCGCUGCUCAGCGCUAAGUUUGAUCUUAAGCACACUAAAGCGCGUCUAUGGGCUGAGUUGGAUGCUAAAGUAGUAGUUACAACGCGUGAGGGGGGAUACGAUAAGGGUGAGGAGAGGAUUGGUGACUACAUUUAUUUCACUCGCAUUGUUCCUGGCCAUGACUCUAAUGCCAUUGGUUUUUACCGAAAAAAAGUCGGUGAAGUUGACAUACUCGCCGAGGAGCUUAUAAACCCUGUUUUACUUCAACAGCACUUUGGUUACAGAGACUGUUCAAUUGGGGUUUGUCGUGUUUCAGAGGAUGGUCGGUAUUUAGCGUACACACUAUCUAUAGAAGGUGGAGAUCGAUAUAUUUGUCAUGUAAGGAGCAUCGAUAAUGCAAGCCUUUUCCAUGUUAUUCGUGGGAACAAUAUUGUGGGGAUCGAGUUUGGCUCUGGAAACAAUUUUUUUUUUACUGAAUCAAAUCAGCUAAACCGGCCACAUCGUGUCAUGAUGCAGGAAAUUCGCCCAGGAAUUCUGGAACCUCCAAAAGAGCUCUAUUGUGAUAAUGACGAACAGUUUUUUGUCGAUAUUAGAAAGACCAAAGAUGGCAAGUAUAUUGCGAUAACUUCGGAUUCUAAAGUAAAUGGGAACGUCUUAAUUUUACCAGCAUCCUAUCCAGCGAUCCCAACUGAGUUGAGUCAUUUUUUCCCCGAAGGGAAACCGAUAGAGAUUGCUGGAAAGAGGGGAUGGAAUUGGCUCGAACAUUACCAUGGCUACUUUGUUAUGGUCACGUCAGAUAAAGGCUCAAACUUUCGAGUCGUGUACGCGCGUGAUGAAAUUGCUCUUAAAUGUGGAGUGAAUACAGAGUGGAAGGAGCUCAUUUCACAUAGACAGGAUGUUCAGAUAUCAGAUAUCGACAUCUUCGAAGGUCGGCUUGUGCUGUAUGAGAGCCAUUAUGCUUUCGAGCGAAUAAACCAUAUAAGAGUCGUAAAGCUGGAUCAUGGCAUUGAGGCGGCGGCGCGAGCAGCUAGAGAGGAUGAUUUAGUCUUGCACUUUCCACCGCUCACAUCCGUAACACCAGGCUUGAAUAAAAACUUCGUGCAAAGUUCAAUGUCAUUUGUGUAUAGUAGCAUUAUUCAACCGAGUCGUGAUUGUGUCUUCAAUUUCAAUUCAGAUAUGACCGCUGCGAAAGCCAAGCUCUGUUCGUCUGAUGCUUUGUUUACGCAGCGUCAGUCGGAACAAUUUACUCCCUGGGAUUACAUGUGGCCCUAUAGCAUGUACCGUGAUUUCUGUAUUUCUGAUGAUGGAACAGAGAUUCCCAUUACAAUAUGCCAGCGCAAAGACGCAUUUGUACAGGAGCUGACUGAUUUUGAGCCAAAACCAAAUUCCCCCAAACAUUGCUUGAUCUAUGUAUACGGUUCAUAUGGGGAGGUCCCUUCGAUGCACUUUCAAUUAGCCCCCUACAUGUGGAUGAUUCGUCGCCGUUGGACCGUGGCAUUUGCACAUGUCCGUGGUGGUGGUGAGUUACCCGGUUGGUCUGAAGGCGGCAAGGGCUCCCAAAAAAUUAAAACAACACAAGAUUUUAUUGCAUGUUGCGAGCAUAUGGUAAAAAUGGGUUACACCAAGCCUGAACUGAUGGUCGCUGCUGGAAAUAGUGCAGGGUGCGUACCUAUUGCAGCAGCAAUGAAUAUUCGUGGAUGUGGGUUGUUCGGCAAUGUGCUUAUGCGCUCACCAUUCCUUGACAUAAUCAACACAAUGAUCGAUCCAGACUUACCGCUUUCCCUUGCUGAGCGUGAGGAUUGGGGGGAUCCACUAAACAACCAAACUGACUUGGCUUUAUUGCAUAAAUAUGAUCCUUAUUACAACCUAAAUAGCCGUGUUACGUACCCAGGGAUGAUGAUUUCCGCUUGUCUGGAUGAUGAUCGAGUUCCUGCAUGGAACGCGUUAAAGUAUGUUGCAAAACUGCGGCAUCAGCGCAAACUGAAGGGUGUAGACCCAGUAGCACAACCUCUAAUCCUGCGCUUGCGCUUGAACGGCGGUCAUUAUCACUGGGGAAGCGUCGAGAAUAUUUGCGAGGAAAUUGCUUUCCUUUGCUCACAGCUUGAUUUGGAAGGACCUGGUAAGCUGCUUAACGACAUGGACGUUAUGACGCAGAUGCACAAUUUAACCUCUGUAGGCAUAAUGGAUCAUGACGACCAGCAAAAAGUAUUUCUCAAAUGGGACAACUGGGAGCGUGAGCGAAUUGAUUAUCACGUCAAGCUUCAUAACUUUAGUUGGGAACCUAACUUUCGGAAAGUUAAGGCCGAGAAGGAGCCGUUCUUCUGGGUUCCUACGGAUUCGGAGUUGAAUCAGAAAAGGGUCGAUGAAAUGUUGAGGGCAAAGGAGAGGGAAACUCAAGAAAGCGGUCGAGCAGGAGGAAAAACUGGAAACUUUGGCAGGGCAGCAGGCCGAAACAUGUACUCCGAAGAAGAAAAACAAGGAUAACUCUUCUCAAAAAAUUCCGUGUUUCGUUAAACUGUUGUGAAGGUGUUUGAACGGAGUUUCUUAAAAGGUGUCUGACUAGUUUUGUCAUCUUUGGACACAUGGGAGUUUCUAGACUUUACCCUUUCCAUUAUCUUGUGAUCGUUGCACUGCAUGUUACUCAGAGCAUAGACUGAUGCAUAAAUUCAUAAAAAAAAUAUCUACAACCUCACAAGGGCCAAUAAAAAUCUUUAAUCUUUUUAGUGAUUGAGCCGCAUCUUAUCUGUCAUAUUUGUCAAUCAUACGCAAGAGAUAAAAUUACGCAGAAACAAAUUCAUCUUUUUGACCAGGAUAAUUAGUUUUCUAUGAAACAUUGGCUUCUGCUAGCAACUAUUCCUAGCGUUGUGAAUAUUACGCACGCAAUCUAUGGGGUUGAUACACUUAAGGGUUUUACGAAUAGAGUCAUGUGAGAGGGGAAGAGUGAAAGAGUGAAUUUGAAAUUUUCUUCCGAACCUUAACCACUAAUGAAGCACCGGAGUUCACGCGAAGGGCUUUUGAGAUGUGGUUAUAUAUAUAUCAUGAAAUCAAGCCAAUAGUCUUAAGGGCUGCGUGUGGUGAUGCAUUUCUCUUAGAAUAGACAUUAUUGAAGUAUUUCAUGGGGAUAGAAGCAAGGAUGUUUCCAGGCACAAGGGUCGUCAUAUAGACAUCUCUGCUAGCCAUAUACCUGUUGAUGUUUCAAAUGAUAUAGGGCACUAAAAGUUUUGGACAAGGAUAAUAGCAAUUGAAAUAGAUCAGAUUGACGUGUUGUUGAUAGUUUUUCCCUACGAUGUGCCUAA